AUGGCCUUCUCAGCCCUUGCAUGGACGGCAGCACUUGCCCUUCCAGUUGUCUUCGCGCAGGAUAGAGAAUCCGACCGAUCAAAAUCCCCGAAGAUAGCUCCUCGGAUGCAACCCGAUUCGCACAACACGACACACUGGCCCACUAGACCUCUUCCUUGGGGCGAGAUAAAUUUUAUUCAUACAACUGAUACACAUGGAUGGCUAGAGGGGCAUGAGAAUGAGGUCAAUUACGGUGCAGAUUGGGGUGAUUUUAUUUCCUUUGUGACGCACAUGCGUGAUAAAGCCGAUCAACAAAAUGUUGACCUUCUCGUUGUGGACACUGGCGACAUCGUGACUGGCAAUGGCCUUAGUGAUGUUUCAACUCCUGAAGGCCAGAUAUCUAAUCCAAUUUUCCGCUACUUAGACUAUGACCUACUUACCAUUGGUAACAACGAUCUCUAUGAUCCAGAAGUUACUGAACGGAUACAAGUGGAUAUAGCGGACUACUAUACUGAAAGGUAUCUCACGAGCAACGUCCUUGUGGAAGAGAAUGGCAAAAACACAUCCAUUGGAGAAAAGUACCGAUAUAUCACUACAAAGCACGGGUUGCGGAUCAUGGCAUUCGGGUUCACUCUUCAGGACUUCAAAGCCCCUAAAACCGUUCAUGUCCAGGGAUAUGAGGAAAUAACAGAAGAGGAUUGGUUCAAAGAAGCACUCAACCAGCCAGCCGAUCUAUAUCUGCUUAUUGGACAUGCCGACAUUGGCCAGAGCUGCAAGAUAGAAACUAAAUACCAAGGAGAUCAAAAUCCCUUAAUUUGCAUGAAGAACUGGUUCCGGGAAAACAAACCAGAGAUCCCUCUUCAGAUCUUAGGUGGCCACUCACAUGUGCGCAACUUCACAUGCUAUGACAGUGGAUCGUCUGGUCUUGAAUCCGGUCGAUACUCUGACACUGUGGGAUGGCUUGCUCUCAGCGACGUGGCGCCAUCAGACACCUGGAACGGAUCUAAAACAAUGACGGAUGUCCCUAUGCCUACAAGGACAUGCACACCGCACAACCCGACGUCAUCUUCUAGCAUGGAGAAAACAGUUCGCCUUGACCGUCGCUACCUUGAUUUCAACCGCCAAACGUUCGCGUACCAUGCUUUAGGGGUAACUGGCCCUGACGUCCCUGCUAGCUUUGAUACACCUACCGGACAGUAUGUCACAAAUGAUAUCGAGGGCACUCGAAGUCAAUACAAUUUAACUACAGAACUUGGCUGCGCUCCCCAAUCAUACUAUAUCGCGUCAAGUCCUUACAACUGUCCGGAUAACAUUUAUACGUUGGUGAGAUCCGCUUUGAAUGCAACAGUGCAUGGGAACAAUUCCGAUUCUGCCAGACUGAUCAUCUUCAACACCUACGGUAUACGUUACGAUUUAUACCAGGGUCCAUUCACUGUUGGGGACGCAUUCACUGUUAGCUCGUAUGCGGACGUUUUUUACUAUAUUGCAGAUGUUCCCUAUGAUGACAUAACAAAGCAACUUCAAAAGAAACUGAACGAGUACAAGGGGACUGAUCCAGAUUAUGAGGAACCGAAAAAAGACUGUGGCAGUAAGGGCGUCAGGUUUUCUACCAGUCGAUACGCGGGCGCUUCUCAGCAAAGCGUGCUUACCAGUCAUGCAAGUGACCCGCACGACCACAACCCGGGACAUGUUACAAAGGAUGAUUUUGGUGAUUGUUCUGCCAGCUCAGAGGACUGCGGUGAUGACACCCUGCACAUCCCACGCCUGGAAAAUGAACCGCAUCCGUACUAUAUGCAAGUCAAGGGCAACAUUGAUGAGAACGAGACGAGGACAGUGGACGUGGUCUUUACAAGUGACAUACAAAAAAAGAUUAUAGAGUUCCUUGGUCUCACAGACAAAGACCCGGUCGUCAAGCCCUACAUGGAUGAAACGUUUACCACGAGGGAUUUCUUGCAGGUCUAUGCCAAGACGGUUUGGAGUGACAAGCCUACCUGCGAGAUUGGGCCAUGA